AUGGAACCCAACAACCCCCCUGCUCCUCCACAGAGGUUCAUUACCAGCGCCGCCCAGUUCCAUCAACUUCAAGAGGAGGCCAGGGCAGCAGCGCUGAACAGCGCCAACGCGGCAAAAUGUGCCGACUUCCCUAAAAUAGACGACGAAAAGCUGGUGUUAAUCGACGAGGUGCUAGCGGCCAUGACUAAUACGGCUGGUCUGGUCGAUAAUGGCCACCGCAAUAUGCCGAGGAAGAGACAGGAAGAGAUGGCCUGGACGUGGUUGUACAAAGCGCGCGACAUUCAGCUAGGAAUUCGCAACCCCGAUGUCUACACACCCGAGUUCCCCAACUUUAUGAGCAGGUGGAAGGCGUUUGUGUCCUUCUCCACCAAGGCCGGGGCCACAGACUUGUUUGCAGCGUCCUACAUGGACCGGUAUAUCGGCAAUCCCAUUGCGGAGUUGGACACCAAGGUGUCCAACAACCACACAAACAAAUUGAAGAUAUUCAACACCGAGCUCAAGGGAGCCCGAGAUAACGGCCGUACGGUCACAGAGAACAACGACACUGCCGAGAUUAGGGACGCCUCGGGAAUCCUGGUCAAGACGCUUGUUAGACCGAGAAAGCGCUCUUUGAACGAUUUUCUCGACGGAGAGUUGCCCCUGGACGUAACCAAGCCGAAGCGCGCUCCAAGGAGCCGGACGGCCACAGGGGGUUCUGUGGCCUCGGUUGCCACAGCUGCUAUGACCGGUGUUGGAGGACAGCCUGCCCAGGGCGCAGCCGCGAGUGCUUUACCGGCCAUCCAAGAAGAGGAAGAAGAAUCGGAUCUUCCCCAGGCAAAUCUGUCCAACUCCCAAGUCGACGCCAGCCAACUUAAUGUCGACCAGCCGAGCGCCCACCAGCAGAACGUCCACCAGCAGCACGUCCAGCAGGGGAACAUCCAGCAGGCGAACAUCGAGCAGGGGAACAUCCAGCAGGCAAACAUCUACCAGCACAACGCCGAGCAUGCUCAGGCGGGGCAAUUAAACGUCCAGCAGGCGAACAUCUAUCAGCCGCAUAUCAAUCAGCCGCAUAUCCAGCAGGGCAACAUCCAGCAGGGGAACGCCGACCAGUUUAACAUCCAGCAGGCGGAGGUCGACCAGUUUAACAUCUACCAAGCCAACGCCGAGGAUGCUCAGGCCGGCCAGUACCCUGCGGGCCAGUACCACGCGUCUCAUCCAUAUCAACCUUUCAAUACGCCAAACCAGUAUCAGGCCCCCAAUCAGUAUGGAGCUCAAGUCAAUCGGGCUGGGUUGGGACAGGCACCCGCGAACCCAGCGAGUGUACCUUUGAACGCUUUGGACCCGUCACUCGGCGAUCACGAGAACCACAAUGGCGGCAGCCAAGCUGGCUCCGAACGUGCGGCGGUGAACCGACCCGGCCGUCUUGUCCAGAACAGAGCUGGUGCCAAUUGGUGGAUUCAGGAUAACGCCUUUGACUCGGUUGAGUGA